AAGGUGAUUCUAGCGCCUUCACGCCCACUGGCAGGUUGAACAAAUACUGGACCUGUUUCCGACGUAUUUAGUCUCCAUGGAUCUUUUGUCUGUCCCGACUCAUCCUCUGAAAAGGAUACUGUGAUCGUCAGUGUCGGACAUUGGAGACGGGACAGAUACUGGAAUGCUCUGUAUGAGGUAAGGUUGCUUUGAAGCCAACAUGGAGUUAAAGAAGGAUCAUGAGUGGCCCCCAGGGGAGUCCGCUCCUACUCCCCCCAACUCUGUCUGCUGUAGGAACAUCACCCUGGCUUUUAUCCUAGUCUUAUUCAUCGGCGUCUUUGUGGGCUUGUUGGUUGCAUACUUGGUGGAAGAGGAGCAUUACUUCAUGGAGACGGUAGAAUUGAAGGGUCUCAAGUAUGGCCCUGACCUGCAAGAUGAAAGCUCUGCAUUCUCUAUAGUGCUCACUUCUACUCUAAAGACUAAGAUCAAGAAUAUUUUCAUUGCCUCGUCAAUAGCACAUCACUAUAUCGACUGUAAUAUUGUUACCUAUGGUAACAUCAAUGGCAAUGUGAUGGCCACAUAUCGACUGGUCUUCAGCGUGUCCAAGGUCCAGCAGUACUCUGAUAACUUUAUUCAGGACCUUUUGAGGGUAGGACUGAACGCCCUGUUUCAUGGGAAGUCCAUAGAAGUGCCUAAGUUUGGAGAGAUCAACACUAUUGUUUUACUGGGGGCCAGUGGGAAGUCAUUCUAUAACAUUGGAGACGAUAUGGCCAGCUGUCCUGACAACACUUUUACCUGUGACAAUGGGGAGUGUGUCACCAAGGUCAACGCCGAGUGUGAUUUCAUCCCGGACUGUGCCGACGGCUCUGAUGAAGCUUACUGCUCCUGUGGGACACGCCCGGCCAUGGGCAGUAGAAUAGUGGGUGGAGUGGAUGCCCGUCCUGGGGAGCUGCCCUGGCAGGUCAGUCUGAGGCUGCAUGGCAGACACAACUGUGGAGCCUCCAUCAUCAACAGCCAUUGGCUUGUCACUGCUGCUCACUGCUUCGAGAAGGACAAUGACCCAAAAGAAUGGACAGCCCUGGUAGGAGCCAGCCUGGUGAGUGGAGAAGAGUCAGAAGCCAUCUCUGUGAACAUCAAGUCUGUGUUUGUGUCCCCAGACUACAACCCUAUGACCACUGACAACGAUGUGACCAUGCUGGAGCUAGAGACUCCCCUCACCUUCAGCCCCUACAUUCAGCCUGUCUGUCUGCCCUCCUCCUCCCAUGUCUUCAGCCCAGGCCGGAACUGUGUGGUGUCAGGCUGGGGGGCUCUCAACCAGCAUUCCUUUGAUACGCCACCAUCUCUACAGAAGGCAGUGGUUAAUAUCAUUGAUUCAAAGGUCUGCAACAAGUCGUCCGUUUACAGAGGCUCUGUGACCGACAACAUGAUGUGUGCUGGCUUCCUACAAGGGAAGGUCGACUCCUGUCAGGGUGACUCUGGAGGGCCAUUGGUGUGUGAGGAGGCCCCAGGGCGGUUCUUCCUCGCUGGGGUGGUGAGCUGGGGCGUGGGCUGUGCUCAGAUCAACAGGCCAGGGGUCUAUUCCCGUGUCACCAGGCUACGCAACUGGAUCCUCAGCCACACCAACCCUGGCAUGGUCCACUACCCUGCCCACACCCCACCAAUGGUGCCAGUUACAACACCAACAGUCAGUCCUAUUUCCAAGACAAUGGUAGCAGCCCCACUCCUGCAUGCUGUGAACUGUAGUGAGAACUUCAAGUGCAGGGCUGGGGAGUGUGUCAGCAAAAUGAACCCUGAGUGUGAUGGUGUCAUUGACUGCUCUAACAAGGCUGAUGAGAAGAACUGUGAUCUAUCCGCUGCCUUCGACACCGUGGACCAUCAGAUCCUCAUCGCCACCCUCUCAGGGCUAGGUGUCUUAGGCUCUGCACACUCUUGGAUUGCAUCCUACCUGGCAGGCUGCUCCAACCAGGCAGGGUUUCCAGACUGUGGCAUGCGUCCGGCAGUGGGCUCCCAGAGGAUUGUGGGUGGCUUGACGGCACGGAGGGGGGAGUGGCCAUGGAUUGGCAGCCUACAGUAUCAACGCUUACACCGCUGUGGAGCCACUCUCAUACACUCUAAGUGGCUCUUGACUGCUGCCCACUGCUUCAAAGGUAACUCCAACCCUGUCGCCUGGUCAGUGAGUCUGGGUUCAGUGCUGAGGUCCGGGGUGGGAGCUCUGGUUAUCCCCAUCCAGAGGACCAUACUGCACCCGGGCUUCAACAGCACCAACAUGGACUAUGAUGUGGCCCUGCUGGAGCUGGCUGUCCCAGCACCCAGGUCCUACACAAUCCAGUUGGUUUGCCUCCCCUCUCCUGUACACAACUUUCUGAAGAACACUGAGUGCUAUAUCACUGGCUGGGGCUCCAUGAGGGAGGGAGGUUCUCUGACCAACCUGCUCCAGAAAGCUGAUGUGAACAUCAUUGAGCAGUCAGACUGCCAGCAGGCAUACGGCAACAGCCUCACCCCAAGCAUGAUGUGUGCCGGCUACAUGGAGGGGGGCAAAGACACAUGCCUGGGAGAUUCUGGUGGCCCCUUGACAUGUCGUGAAUUCUCUGGCCAGUGGUUUGUUGCCGGGGUAACUAGCUGGGGACAUGGCUGCGGACGGACUGCUUUCCCAGGAGUCUAUAUGCGGGUCACUGCCAUCAGGGAAUGGAUAUCCAACUAUCUGCACUUCUGAGGCUAUGGAAGAGAGAAGGAAUUGAGACUGACAGAGACAUCAUACAAUACUUGAGGACACAAAAUGGGUUUUCUACAUUGCAGCCACCACUGGCAUUUGUGUGUUACUGGUCAAGGAAGAUAUGCCACCAGUAAACUGCCUGGAGAGUCCAGCUGAAAGUUUAAUCUUGGACAAUAAUGUGGAUAACUGGUCCAUGGACAUUUUACUACAACAUACAUUAUUAAAUGGGGAAGUGUAUUUAUUUUAGUCUUUGUGGGUCCAACAAUAUAUUUCAUUUUAUUGGCAUUUA